CCAGAAAACGUGUACGAGUUUGGAGCGCGCUACUUUGCCGACCUAGCAGCUGCGAGGGGGCGCACCAAGGUGGCGAGUGGUGGCGGUACUGCUCCAGCAGGCGGCAGCAGCGACGCCAGUGGCGCCGCCUCCAUCACGACCGCAGAGCAGUAG